AUGGCGUUGUCGGCAGCUGCAUCCCGUCCUUACUUCCCCUGCCCAGUUUGCAGCAGCACCUCGGGGAAGCGCUGCUGCGCAUGCUGCAACGUGGCAAGAGGAGGAUCUCUAGAGAGCAGCGACGUCCUCCUUUCAGCUGCUGCAGCGGAAACAACUGCGCUGCUCCUGCAGCAGCAACCCCACUGGCGCCGAGCUGCGCUCCUGCUGCCGCAAGACCGCCUCGUUGAGGCUCCAUCCUUUCUUGAGGCUUUUCGAGCCAAGUGGAGGCAGCAGCGUUUUCCAGAGGAGCAGCAGCAGAACCUUCAGGAAGCAUCCAAGCAGCAGACGCGCACCCUCGACCCUCCCUUUCUCUACGUUGUCGCCGAUCGCCCGCCUGGCUUCUGCUGCAGCGAGUUGAGCAGCGCUGCUGCCCUUUCUCCUGACGUGCUGCUGUCUGCUGCCGCUUCCUCUGCCUGCUGCAGCCCACCUGCAACUGCGGUGUGCCGCCCAACAGUCUUCAUCUACCCAAAGGCGCCUCUAAAUACUCCACUCUGCGCUGCAGCGAUUGCCGCACGCUUGUGCGGGCGUGUAGAGCUGCCACCUCCACAGCUGCCUCGAGGCAGUCCACCCACGACAGCAGCCUCGCUGAUUUUGCUGCUGCUCGACGCUCCCGUGCAGCAUGGCUUGGGAUGUUUGCUGCGACACCUCCUAGAGCUUCUGCCCGCAGCUCCGGAGCAGCUCUCGCCUCUGGAAAGCGGAGGAAGCAGCUCACCAACCCCCCGCUCCUCCUCCUCGAUCAACUCCCUCAGCGGCACUUGCCCUGGAACGCCUGUCGCGGCUGCUUCUCAUGCUGCUGCUGCUUCCGCGCGGUGUACAUGCACCUGGGGAGACACCGCGCUCUUCGUCGCCCUCUCCCCCCUCCUGCUGCUCCCUGCCAACCUGCGAGAAGCGGCGCAAGACGCCGCGAAAGAGCUCGGAAAGGCCGCUGCCGUUGCUCCUGCCAAAAGCUGCUCUGGCUUCCGCCAAUGCGGCGGCACAUUCUGCGCCGAACAAAUAACCUCCUGCUUGCUGUUUGAGCAGCAGCAGCAGCAGCAGCUCCCCUGUGAUCAGAAGGAGGCGUUUUCCAAGCUGGCUGCGCAGCGGUACGCUGAGCUCUAUCAGCUGCCGCACAUGCGCUUCGCUCAGCUCUGCUUCCUCCCGCCGUGGGUGCCAAGAGCUGCGGAUCCGCCUUUCGAGAAGGCGUCUUUUCCCCCGCCGAAAUGGCAAAUCGAAGAGUGUUUCCAGCUCGUCAGCACGGCAUCGAGCUACCUACGCGUUGGAGGUCGUGUGCUCUUCAAAGUCUACAGACGAGCUGAGGGUGGCACUAUUGGCUUGUCACCUGUCGCUUUGCAGCCGCAAUUCCUGCCGCAAAAGUCAAAGACUGCCAGAAAAUCUCAGACAGUGAAGCUGUCAGAUCCACCGACGCUCCCAGAUCUCCUCGGCAGCACCGCUGUUACCCUCGUCUACGUCGGAACCACGGGAGCCGCAGUUUGUCGCUGCGCAGAAACUCCAAGCACUGGCACGAGCAGCGGUGGUGGCAGAGGGCACUGCAGCAGGAUCGCAGCUAUCUCUGCUGUUGGUGGGGCAGCAGACUUGCUCCUCGCUGCGGCUGCACGAACAGCUGGUGCGGCUUAUUACCGAACAACUUGCAGACGCAGCAGCUCGUGA